CGGCGAUCGGACGGUUCGGUUCGGAGCAGAGCGGCGGACGGGAACCAUGACUGCACCCGGCAACAGCUACGACGUGGUGGUGAUCGGAGCGGGGAUUUCAGGUUUGAGCGCUGCAAAGCUGCUGAAAGCAAGUGGGCUGAAUCCUGUAGUGCUGGAGGCCAGGGAUCGGGUCGGCGGCCGCACCUUUACUGUCCGGAACAAGGAGACAAAGUGGGUAGACCUCGGUGGGGCCUACGUCGGACCGACACAGAACCGCAUCCUACGGUUGGCUAAAGAGUACGGCAUUAAGACCUACAAAGUCAACGAGCAGGAAUGCCUGGUGCAUUAUGUCAACGGAAAGUCGUACCCGUUCAAAGGCUCCUUCCCUCCCAUGUGGAACCCCUUCGUCUACAUGGACUUCAACAACCUCUUCAGGACGAUGGACGAGAUGGGCCAGGAGAUUCCCAGAGAGGCGCCGUGGAGAGCUCCCCGUGCCUUAGAGUGGGACAACAUGACCAUGCAGGAGCUGAUCAACAAAAUCUGCUGGACCAGUGCAGUUCGCCGCUUCGCCACCUUGUUUGUCAACGUGAAUGUGACCUCUGAACCCCACGAGGUGUCGGCCCUGUGGUUCCUCUGGUACGUGAAGCAGUGCGGGGGGACGAUGAGGAUCUUCUCCACCACCAACGGGGGGCAGGAGAGGAAGUUUGCGGGCGGCUCCGGUCAGAUCAGCGAAUGCAUGGCCAAGGAGCUGGGCGACAGGGUGAAGCUGCAGUCGCCCGUCUACAGGAUCGACCAGACCGGAGACAUGGUGGUCGUGGAGACGGUGAACAAAGAGACUUACACGGCCAGAUACGUCGUCGUGGCAACGCCGCCCGCCCUCAACCUGAAGAUGCACUUUAACCCCGAGCUGCCGCCCCUCAGGAACCAGCUGAUCUACCGCGUGCCCAUGGGCUGCGUCAUCAAGUGCAUGGUCUACUACAAGGAGAACUUCUGGAGGAAGAAGGGUUACUGCGGCACCAUGGUAAUCGAGGAGGAGGGGGCUCCUAUAGGCCUGACUCUGGAUGACACAAAGCCUGAUGGGACCGUUCCUGCGAUCAUGGGGUUCAUUCUGGCUCGCAAGUGCAGAAAGCUGGCAGACCUGACCAAAGAGGAGAGGCUCAGGAGGAUCUGUGAGAUUUACUCCAGAGUGCUGGGCUCAGAGGAAGCUCUCCACCCGGUGCACUAUGAAGAGAAGAACUGGUGUGAGGAGGAGUACUCCGGCGGCUGCUACACAGCUUACUUUCCUCCUGGAACCCUGACUCAGUUUGGCAGGGUUCUGAGGGAGCCUGUUGGCAGGUUGUACUUCGCCGGCACGGAGACGGCGUCAGAGUGGAGUGGCUACAUGGAGGGUGCGGUGCAGUCUGGGGAGAGGGCUGCCAGAGAGGUCUUGUGUGCGAUGGGUAAAAUCCACCAGAGUCAGAUCCACCAGCCAGAGCCUGAGAGUCAGGACAUUCCUGCCCUGCCGUUCGUCACCAGCUUCUGGGAGAGGAACCUGCCGUCGGUCGGCGGAUUCCUCAAGCUCACGGGCGUCUCCGCCGUCCUGUUGGCCGCUGCCACGGCGGGCCUGGUGGCCCACAAAAAGGGCCUUUUCCCCAGGAGUUAAAAUGCUUACGCCUCGCCUUCUCACCCUUCUGCAACUCAACAGGACACAACUCAAUAGAAACCGCAUUCAUGCACUUCUGGGGGGUUUUUGUAUUUCUUUAUUGGGGGAUUUCGAAACACUAAGCCAUGAAAGGCAGACUCUCCAAAUGACGCAAAAUCAGAUUGACUUUGAUUCAAAGAGUGAGCGGUUGUUUAGUCUUAGAGAGAAGAGCUAACUGUUUAAUUAGCACUUAAUCUGUAUCUUAGGUUAUUAAACAAAUGAAGGAAAAACAAUCUGGAAUCAAAAUAAAUCUUCUCUAAUAAUGUUCCACACAUUCAUCCUUCUCGUGUGUGUGUGAGUGUGUGUGUGUAAGCUCUGUCUGUUUGCAUGUGCACCUGUUUUGGUAAUUCUGCCUUUGUUAGUGUCUGUUUGUUGAAGUGUGUGUAAGCGUUUCUGUGGGUGUGUGUGGUGUGUGUGUGUAUCUGUUGUCUCUAAUUACCUCUGCUGAUUUUAGGUGCUGGUUCAUUCUGACUCUGCUUGUUUAAUGAGAUCCAGUAACACAGAAAGUGAGUAGGGCUGUGCCAUCAUCAGUUCUAAUUUCAUAGAGGACAAUCAAGAUUAAGGAUGUUUUCUUUUUGUUUGUUUUGGGGUUUGUUUUUUUUGUCAGUUUGUGACCUGAAUGUCCCAUUAAAACGUGAAGAAAAGAAAAAUAAAACAGCAGCUCUGUGACGUAGUGUGUCUGUUUGAGCCAUUCUUACUGCUGCUGUGCGUUUUUCAUCUAAUCGGUCUUCAGUAUUUACCGCGUCCAGGUAAUGUUAGCUAAACAGCAGAGUAUUCUCAAGUUCAAUGUUUGAUUUUUGUUUAGUAUGUCAUACAAAUGUGGUUGUAUAUGUAAGAGAAGUUGCUCCGGGGUCCAGAUGCACAAUUUUUGUAUUUUUUUAAAAUCUAAAGUAACUAUUCAUUUAUUGUCUAAACUCACUUACGUCCAUGGCAGUUAGCUGGAGGAGGGGAGUGAGAUUGUUAGGGGUGUGGGGUAUUAAGGGGUGUGUCUCCAGACAUCAUUGAUAAAGAUGUGGAUAAAUUAGAAGGCAAAGUUUUGGAAAUGUGUGAAAAUUCAGAGCCAUUUCUCACUUGAGUUGUAAUUAAUAAACAACAGACUCACCGCAGAGACAGCUAGGAAACAAUUAAUGACUGUUAGCUUUAGCUGCCUGUGGCUAAUUCAUUCAUUAACUGUAGCUAGCUUGAAGUUGUAAGAUGUCCCUCUCUGGAGCAAAUUAAGCUAGUUGGCUGUGGCACGCUAUCUGUAGCUAAUUGUGGAUAAUAAAUGGUAAGGCUAGCUGUGGCUAGCCAGCUGUAGCUAUCUUUGGUUGUUCAUUUUUAAAGCUAACUGUUGAUUUUGGGCUGUAGCUAGCCAAAGAAAACUGACUGUCAAAACUUGUGGCUAUUAAAAAGGUAAAGGUGGCUGUGUCCUGUUGGCUGCAACCAGAUGUAGCUAAUAAAUUAUAAAGUUAGCUCUACGUUAUGAGCGUUCCCUAGCUAAAUAUGUUAUAGUGAUAACUGUGUAUUUAAACAGUUUUGAUUUUCACUAUUAUAUGCUGAGCUCCCUAGGUUAGCAGAGCAUAGCUGUCCAUGAUUAGCUAAAAUCCACAAAUACUUCCAAAAAUGCUUAGGACUGCAUCAUUUAAUCAUGAUGCAGUCCUAAGACAAUUUAUACCAGAUAUAAAUUGUCUUUGUGCUACUGCAGAGGGUUUCAUACAGCCUUCAUUCAUAAUUUGACACAGCCAACCAGCAGCAUGAAGAGUAAAUGCAACUUCUGGAUUGGCUAUUUUGCAAACACCAGGCAACUAGCAUUAUGUUAUUCCAGCCUCCCAAGGUGUGUUUUCUUUUAGCUGGAAUAGUUCAGAUAUGAUCUACAAAAAAAUAGAAAGUACAGCAAAUAGGUGAACAAUGAAUAUGACUGAACUCAGUUAUUAGAGAUGGAAAAGUCACCGUAGUCACCUAAAGUUUGCUGACACUUAGCAUACACCAAAGUAGUAAUUUUAGUGUUAGUUUAAACUAAAAGGUGUAAGAAUGCAGAUCCUUUUUCUCCCGCUUUCAAUUAUACUGUAAUAUAGAACUGAUGUUAUGUGUGAACAUUUUCAGUUUCAAAUCUGCAGUAAAGCUUCAACUUUGUAAGAACUGCAUUAUUCGAAACCUAAGAUGUAUAAAUCUAAAGAUAUUUUAUUGAUUUAAGACUGAGUUAAAAAAUAACAAGAUAAGGAAAGUCACAAUAGAUGACGCCGAUCUAUGGAAGAGAACUUGUGUUGGUGUGUCGGCCAUGUUAAGAGAACUGUACAGUGUAUGUAUUCAGUAAGGAUUGUGUUCUUGUUCCAAAGACUGGUGUUUGUGACGGUAGUUGUGUCUGUCGUGCCUUAAUGGACGUCUUGGUGUUUUGUCAUUUUUCUCAAGUGCCUGUGUAACUCUGACUGUUUCUCUCUCCUACCUUUCCCCACACACCGUUAAAGCUACCAGGUCACUGCCUCAAGGGAUCUUCAGUGACACUUUGACUCAAAAUUUGGUUUUUAAAUGCCCCCUAUGUCACCUGAGUUCUAUCCUCAUAAUAAACUUGACUCAGGUAAAGCCAGGCAUAUGAAGUAGCACUCUGACUGUUGGUGUGAUCUUAACUUGUCUCCAGGGGAACCGAGUCUCUGUGUGCUUUGUAUUGUGAUUGCAGUGCUUCACCAUGUGUCCCCUCUGCCAUGUUGUGGCGUCCUUGUGUCUUCAUGAUCGCCCCCUGUCUCGCGUCCAACCACCAGUAGAGGUUUCCCAAGCUCGGUGUUGAAGAAAGGAUCUGUCACUAGCUGCGUUUCCAUUACUAAUGUGUGAGAAACUUUGUUGCUAUACAGCUGAUGUCGGCAAAAGCCCAAUUUCAGAAUUGGGGUGUUUCUGUAAAAUAAAAAAAAAACUCAAUUGAAAUCACAUGUGAAUAGGUUCGUCCACUUGAUAAGUCAUCAAAGGUGACAAUGCCAUGAUAGUCCAACCAUUGCAGUUUUGCGAAAUAAACCAAUUUUGAUGCAACGGGAAAAAGUCCACUUCAAGUUAUCACCAAAAUGUCUUAACGAAAAACGAAUUUGCCAUGUUUCCAAAAACAGUAUAUGGGCAAUGGAAAUGCAGUUAGUGACGUUGCUCACAUUUGAACCCACCUUGUUUACAGUUGGCUGAUGUUAGAGAACAAACGCCAGCACACUCUAUCUGUCAUUUGGGAACUACAGCACAGACACCAAACCAUCAGCAAACAUAACCUACAUGGUCAAGUCCUUGUUGAUUUCUUUCUUUUUUACCGAUUGUUUUUCUUCUUCACCUGAUGUGCACACGAACCUCCCCAAACUAAUCCUGUAACGCAUUCUUUGAUGUCUUUGAUUCCUCAAAGCAAGCUGGUGAUAUUCAAAAUGUGAAAUAAAUCCUAACUUCAUCUGA